AUGGCUCCCUCGGUCAGAUCCGGAGGGCGAGAAGCCCCAGGCCAUCCAUCAAGUCACACACCGAGGAGCUCAGUGAGGAUGAGCUGCAGAUGCAGGCCAGCCGCCCGGGUCGGCAAUCCCCUAGCCGGCUUCGAUGCUGAGAAACUGUCCAACAUGGGUUACACGUACUGUACAUCGCAUGGGAUCACUGACGAGGAGGACGUACGGGCCUUCCGUCUUGGUGCCGUUCUUGCGGGUUACCCCGAGGACUACCAGACGAUCGAGGGAUUGACUGAUAUUGAGCGCGAAUCUGCUGGAAAAGAGAUUACCCAGAAAUGGAAGUCCAUCCCAACCAAGCUUUGGUUCGUCGUUUUUGUCUGCUCCCUCUGUGCCGCCGUCCAGGGCAUGGAUGAGACCACCGUCAACGGCGCUCAGGUCUUCUACAAGGAGGCCUUCGGCAUCGCGAACAAGGACAAACUACGCGAUGCGCUGAUCCUCGGCCUGACCAACGGCGCCCCGUACCUGUGCUGUGCCCUUCUCGGUUGCUGGCUGACCGCCCCCUUGAACAACUGGUUCGGCCGCCGCGGUACCAUUUUCCUCUCUUGUCUCAUCUCCGCGGCCGCCUGCAUGGGCCAGGCUCUCACCAACGACUGGAGAGACCAUGUUUGCUGUUCGUCUCGUCCUCGGUCUCGGUAUCGGUCCCAAGUCAGCUACGACGCCCAUGUACGCCGCCGAAUGGUCGGAUUCGCUGUCGAUCUCGCCUUUUACCAGGUCGCUGAUGAGAACCUCAAGUGGCGUCUCAUGCUUGGCUCCACCACCGUUCCCGCCCUCAUCGUCUGCGCUCUCGCCUUCCUGUGCCCCGAGUCUCCCCGCCACUACAUGCGCAAGGGCAAGCACAUGAAGGCCUACCAGUCCAUGUGCAAGAUGCGCAUGACAAAGGUCCAGGCUGCUCGCGAUCUCUUCUACGCCAACGCCCUGCUCGAGGUCGAAGCUCGCAAGGUUGGAAACUCUGGCAACAAGCUCGCCAAGCUGUUCAAGGUCCGCCGUAACAGGAACGCCAUGAUGCUUCCGAGUCGUCAUGUCAUGCAGCAUUCUGCGGGUGUCAACAUCAUUGCCUACUACUCGGCCGAGAUUUUCAUCCAUGAAGGCUUCUCCGUCCCCACCUCCCUCGCUGUGUCUCUUGGCUGGGGCACGCUCAACUGGCUCGGUGCCAUCCCCGCCAUCUUCACCAUUGACAAGUUUGGCCGUCGCCGCCUCCUGCUCAUUACCUUUCCCAUGAUGUUCGCUUGUCUUCUCUGGACAUCGUUCUCCUUCUACUUCCCAUCGCGCGAGGUCAAAAUUGCUUGCGUCACCAUCGGUACAUACCUCUUCGCCAUUGUCUACUCCCCGGGCGCUGGCCCCGUUCCCUUUACCUACUCUGCCGAGGUCUACCCUCUUGACGUUCGCUCUCUCGGCAUGUCCAUUGCCACCGCCACGACUUGGUUCUUCAACUUUGUCCUGGCUUUCACAUUUCCCAUGCUGCGCAAGGCGUUCACGUCGACCGGCGCCUUCAGCUGGUACGCCGCGUGGAACCUUGUCGGCUUCUUCCUGACCCUCUUCUUUGUCCGCGAGACCAAGGAGAAGACGCUCGAGGAGCUCGACGGCGUCUUUGACGUGCCCGUCAAGGAGUUCUUCAAGUUUGGUGUCGCCGAGCUCAGCUACUUUGGCCGCAGGUGUCUGCUCAUGAACGUCGACGCCCCGACGCCGCCGUACAGGCAGCUCGUCGUCUCGGACGGACAGCCUAUGGAUGAGGUGCCCGUCCCGUCGUCCAAGGCUUGA